CCCGCACCAAGUAUAUGCACACUGUCGCUGAAGCGGUGGCAGGUGAGCAAAAGCUAAUAUAGCAUAAUGCACAUGGAAACGAUUAGAGAUGUUCAAUUCGUCGACGGCAGAAGAUGCGUGGCUGGACCCAGAGGCGAUUCCAUGGGAAGGGAACCGAGCAAUUCCCCUGAGCAUAGUGCCGACGAUGGGUGUAGUAGAGUUGUCGAGGAAGGCGUGGUAGGGUGUUUGUAUAAGAUCUUUGUGUUUCCUCUUUGAAGGUUGUACGUGAGGAGCUUGACGUCAACCUCGACUCUUUUCCUACUUUCGUUAAUUUCCGACCCAAGACGACACAAUGGUUUUGAAGUCACUCUUUUAUGUGGCGGCUUUUGUCGCGUCUGUCGUGAGAAGUGCGCCGGUCAAGCUCCAGGAAAGGCAGGCACCGAGUGGUGUUCCUGAUUAUGUGCUGAGAUAUGCACCGAUCGUGUACCUCCAUUCAGACGACCAAUACCUCCCCACAGACAUCCAGACAUUCCUCGAUAACACGACCCCGCGCGUGAAUUUCAAUGAAGUCUCCGGCCCCUCAAAACCACUAACUUCAUCCAAUGUCAACCAAAUGGGUGGCGAUGUGUGGCUCACUUCCAACGACGAUGUAACCAAGGAUCCUCAAUGGAUCAAGGGCACCAAGCCUGACAGCAACGGCAGGACGAAUGAAGCUGUGACUGCGGCUGUCAUUGUAAACGACAAAGGCAAUGGUAAUGUCGACGCAUUCUACAUGUACUUCUACGCCUACAACUACGGCGGCGACGUAAUCGGAUGGAAAAAAUUGAACUUCGGCAACCACGUAGGCGACUGGGAACACACAAUGGUGCGCUUUACCAACGGCGUGCCACAAGCACUCUGGUACUCUCAACACGCCAACGGCCAAGCCUUCCAAUAUAGCACCGUGGAGAAGUCCGGCGACAGACCACUCGCAUACUCGGCAAAAGGUAGUCACGCCAACUAUGCCAUGGGCGGCACACACGACCACACAAUCCCGAACUUCAAUCUGCCCGGCGGCGUGCUGCAAGAUUACACGAACAAAGGCGUCAUGUGGGAUCCGCUGCUGAGCGCUUACUAUUACAAGUUCAAUGCCGGUGCGAAUAGCUUUGAAGCGUACGACGACAGUACACCGACGAAUUGGCUGUACUUCAACGGCCGCUGGGGCGAUCAGGAAUAUCCUAAGAGUGAUAAGAGACAAGUCAAGCUCUUUGGUCAGGCUAAGUUCAGUGGGGGGCCGACGGGGCCAGCGGACAAACAGCUCAAUCGGGAGAAGAUCUGUCCUGAGAAUGGCAAGACGUGUAUAUUGAGGAGUAUACUAGUGCCAAGGAGUAGUGGUACGGACGACGUUGCGUUUGAGGGAGAUGAGGUGAUUAUUUGAGGGAAGAACGGGCCUAAGGGGAAACGAUGGUGGAGGAUGUGAUCUGGGCGUGUGAGCAUAGAGAGAGGAUAUGAUACCCAAAGAGCCUUGCCGGUCUCUCAAUGUAUGUAGAGCUAGUAAUUGUAAUGCAGUGUUCCGGCUGGGAUGUCCCUGGGGGUAGAAUUUGUGUUCGUUCUGCGAGUACUCACUGCCGUACAAGUUACGUGAAGUCCGCUCAACGGCACCAAAUACUAAAGCGUCGGUCGGCAAUCCGAAGGAAGCGAUUGUCGUUGGUCGAUCAUUUUGCCCACUUGGAACCGGCCUUUUCGGCGUAUCUGUAGUGUGAGCAUGCAGUCCGAACGCACUCAAUUGCACACUUCUGGCUUGCUUGAUGCUUUCAUUCGUGACAGAACAUGAUGAAAAUUUUCC